AUGACUGCAUCUUUGUUUUUGAAUGCUUUUUCAUACCACAACAGGAAGUGUAAUGAUACAGUACCAUGGACCAAAGAUGUGCACAUAUCAACAAAAUGUGCUUAUUCUUGCUGUUUACAUCAUACCAAGGUAAGAGUUGGCGCUAUUUCCAUAACGCCAGGAAUAAUGCUUGACCGCAACAUCAAAUUGGGUCCAAACAUGGUGGCGGAUCUUGGUUUAGGGAGAAUGGUGGACGAUUUUGUAUUCAGACAAAACUUUUAUAUUAGAACAUAUGAAAUUGGGCCAGAUCGAAAAGCUUCUAUGGAAACACUCAUGAACCUUUUGCAGGAAACAACCGUUAACCAUAUAAAGGAAAUUGGACUAUUGGGUGAUGGCUUAGGUCUAUCACCAGAGAUGUGCAAGAAGAACCUGAUAUGGGUGAUGGCAAAGUUGCAAGUUGUAGUAGACCGUUACCCGAUGUGGGACGAUAUAGUUCAAAUUGAUACAUGGAAAACUGCAUCUGGGAAACUUGGUAUGUGCUCCAAUUGGAUGUUUAGUAAUUCCAAAACGGGGGAGACAUUAAUAAGAGCUUCAUGUGUUUGGUUGAUGAUGGAUAAAAAGACAAGAAAGUUAUCCAAAUUUCCAAAUGAAGUUCGAACUGAAUUUGAUCAAUACUUUAUGAAGACACCGCCUAUAGUCAAACAGGACAAUAGAAAAUGGUCAAAACGAGAUGACAAGAACAUUGUUGACCAUUAUUUUUGCAAUGGUUUAGCGAUACGGCUGAGUGAUUUGGAUAUUAACGAACAUGUUAACAAUGCAAAAUAUUUUGGAUGGAUCCUUGAGAGUGUUCCAAAGAGGAUCGUGGACAACUAUGAGGUUGCUAGCAUGAGUUUGGAGUACUGUCGAGAGUGUAAAAAGGACAGUGUGUUGCAAUCCCACACUUUUGUAAUGGGAACUGAUGAUAAUGGUGAUGAAAUAACUGAUGACGACCAUGUUGAUUGCCAACACCUGCUUCAACUCGACAUUGGAGGUGGUGAGAUUAUGAAAGGUAGGACGAGAUGGCGGUUAAAAUAUGAAAGAAGACCAGGCCCAUUCGAAAGCACUGAUAAAUAUUUCCCUUAA